AUGCUCGAUGCCUCUGACACCAUCUCGGCCCGCCGUCAGCGCAAGUCGCGCUCGCGGUCGUCUGGGGUGGCGGUGAAGGCGGAGGUGAAGGCGGCGGCCAAGGCCGGGUCGAGCAAGGGCAAGAGCAAGGGUAGGUCGAGCAAGAGUGGAGCAGACCCGGCGAGGUCGGAAGAGCCAAGGUCGGCAGAGGCGAGAGACGCCGGGCAGCCAAAGCUGUUCGCGGCGGCGGGCUUUGUCUCGGGCGCGGUGCUACGGCAGGCGCCGAACCAGCGUGUCCCGCGCCCACCGCCGAUGCCGCCGCCAUCGCUCAUGGCUGGGGCGGCAAGUGGGGGUGUUGGCGGAGUGGAUCCGGCGCAGAUGCCACUGAGGGCGCUGCUGCCAAAGAGCGUGCCGCUGGCGGCGGCGUCAGACACAACCGGAGUGGUCAGUAUCGAGCCUGGCGCAAGAGCCAGCCUGCCGCCGCUUCCCUCCGCAGAUGCUCGCGGGGCGUGGUGGGCAAGCCCAUCCGCCGCGGACUCGCAGCCGCUGACGGUCGCCGAGCAUCCCGGUGGGCCGACCGCCGAUGCAGCACUCUUUCCCAGCAACGCAGGCAUUGCGCUCGCGCCGCAGGAGGCCAUCAGACAUACACCUCCGGCCGUCUCGACCGUUGUGGUCGGCUCUGUUCACGACCCGCCUCCAUCGGCGGCGGUCCUCCCGGCGCAGGCCCUUGUUCCGCCGCCACGGUCAGCCGACGCGCCGCACCCGGCGACCAAGGCCGGGCGGGCGCAGGAGUGGCUGGACCGGGCGCGGGCCGAGCUGCCGCAUGUCUUUGAGCUCGCCGACGUGCUCUCGCCACUGGCACGGACAUCCCACGUCGGAGGCCAGUACCGAGUCGGGUCGGCGCGGCUUGUGGCCGAGCUCGACGACGAGCACCUGAUUUUUGGCCUCGUAGCCGAGUAUCUGCAGCAUAUCGGCAAGAGCGCGUCGCCGUUGGCCGGUGCGGCUGCAGCUGCUGCAGAGCUCCUGGUCUCGGCCCCGGGCUACGAGCCGCGGCUACCAGCGGCCCAUCCGCGGCUAGAUGGGGCGCCGCGGCUGACGGCCGCGCUGCGCCUUGCCGGCGAGUCUGGGCUCGCGCUUUGGGCGCCUCAGGGCGAGGCUCCCAGCGGAGCUGCGGAGCUUGAUCCGCUGCUAGACACACUGGGUGUCGAGCGGCGGGUCAUCUCUGCCUAUGAGCGCGGAGCGCUGCUUUCGUCACCGUUCCGCAAGGUCGACCCGGCGGUCGAGCGAGCGAGGGAGAAGGAGCGGGCGAUGUGGGUGUCGGGCAAGCGCGGCCGGAGCCGCGAUGAGCCCAGUGACUCGAUGAAGGUCAAUAUCUGGGACGCGCGCGACGAGGUCAACACGCAUUUGACAUGGACGGCGUCGGGCGACAUCGAGUCCGGCACGCUCAACGCGCUUGUCCUCGCGGCAACGCAGCCGCAGCGGUACGACACCACGUUUGUGGAGGCGCUGCUAAUGACGUUCCCGUCGGUGGCCCCGGUGGCAUGUCUCAUCACCAAGCUGAUGGAGCGGUUCAACGUGCCGGACUCGCUCGACGACGACGGGACGCGAGUGGUGGACGCGGUCGAAGCGCGGGCCAUCCAGGCGCGGGUCCUAGACGUUGUCGAGCGGCUCUUCUCCGAGUACCCAUACGUGCUUGAGCAGGGCGAUGUGCAGGCGCUGGUGCACUUUCUGGAGUCGGUCGCGCCACGGGCCGGGUGGCAAGCUGCGAGCGAGCGGCUGAUGGGUAUGCUCCGCGAGCUGCAGGCCGGACGGCGGGCGGUGGCCGGGCCAGCACAGUUUGACACGUCGGCGCCCGCGCUGCUGAUGUCGGGCAAGGCGGCGAUCGAGCCGGGCGACUCUGUGCUGGCGAUGAAUCCUGUGGAAGUCGCGCGGCAGCUGACACUCAUUGAGUACGAUCUGUUUGCAGCGAUCCGGCCGACCGAGUUCCUCGGCCUCGCCUGGUCCGAGCCGCACCUCCGCGACAAGGCGACGAACCUGAGACGGGCGACAGCGCGGUUCGAGGCGGUCUCGUUCUGGGUGGCGACGACGAUUCUUCGCCAGCCGUCGAAGCACAUGCGCGCCGGGGCGAUCACGUUCUUCAUCAGGGUGGCGACGGCGUUCCGGGCUCUCAACAACUUCUCGGGCGUCAUGUGCGUUCUGGCGGCACUCUCCAACUCUGCUGUCUCGCGACUCAAGUUUACCUUUCCGCUCCUGCAGCCCGAUGUGGUGGAAGAGCGCGAGGCGCUAGACAAGCUGCUCUCGGUCGAGUUCAACUCGAAGCGAUACAAGGAGGCGCUGCGGUCAUGCAACCCGCCGUGCAUCCCGUACCUCGGCCUCUUCCUCUCGCAGCUGACGUUCAUCGAGGAGGGCAACGAUCCGUUCAAUCCGGACGGGACCAUCAACUUUUUCAAGCAUCUCAAGGCGUACGAGACAAUUGCCGAGAUCCGGCGGUACCAGCUGAUGCCGUACAAUCUGCGGCGGCUGCCGCAGCUGCUGACAUAUCUCAACUCGCUCAGCUACGCCUCGAAUGCUGAGCUGUACGACCUCUCGAUACAAGUCGAGCCACGCGGCGCGUCGUCUGUCCCGUAG